AUGUCCUCCGCCGCGCGUCCGCCGCAGCCGCGAUGCCGCGGCUGCGGCGACGCUAUCUCCGGCGCGUACCUCGCGUUCGAGGGGCGCGACUACCACGCCGGAUGCUUGCGAUGCGACGAGUGCGGCGCCGCGACGUCGUCGUUCGUCGCCGCGCCGAACCGCGCCGGUUCGGCGCGGUGCUGCAGGCCGUGCGCGGAGAGGCUCGCGGACAGGUGCGCGUGCGGGUGCGGCGGGCCGUGCGUGGACCGGACGAUCACCGCGCUCGGGAGGAAGUUCAUCGAGUCGCACUUUCGAUGCGCGGAGUGCGACGCGCCGCCUCCCGGGAUGUCGUUCAUGAAGGUCACGCGCGCGGACGCGUCGCGGCACAUGCACCACGCGCACCUCCGUCGCGGCGGCGGCGACGACGACGCGAGCGAGCACGUUCCCGUGUGCGAGGCGUGCUACGAGCGCAACCACGCGGAGCGAUGCGGGGUCUGCGAGGCGAGUCUGGUAAACCAAAAGUUUUUCAAAACCGACGUCGGCGACGCCGUGUGCGCGCGGUGUAAAGACGCGACCGGCGCGUACUGCGACGACUGCGGCGCGUGCGUCCCGCGCGCGUUCGCGCUCUCGCGACGGUUCGCGGGCCUCCAGACGCGCGGCGCGAGCCCGGGAGGAGGAACGCGGAACGUCAACCGUCACCACCGAACCGCGCGCCGAGAGAGCGGCGGCGUCGCCGUCAUCGGCCAAUGCCCCGCGUGCGCGGCGACGGCGAUCGACGCCGACGCGGACGCGGCGGCAAUCCUAAACAAAGUCAUCCACGCGAUGCGAGGGAUGGGCGCGGUCGCGGACGCCGCGGCGACGAUCAAGGUGCAGCUCGUAGACGCGGACGAGCUCGCGAGGGCGGCGGCGAAGCGACAUCGCGGACCGAACGCGUCGGGCCCGCGCGGCGUGACGCGCACGAGCGUCGCGUACGAGGAGUGCAGGGCGACGGGCGCGCGGAGGACGGUCUCGCGGACGUUGAAGGGGAUCCUGGCGCUUCGGGGGAUGUCCAGGGGCGCGUGCGGCGCGGUCCUCGCGCACGAGUACGGGCACGCGUUUAUGUUUCUCUCCGAUUUCCCGGCGUUGCCGCUGAGAGACGAGGAGGGAGUGUGCGAGCUGUUCGCGUGGCUGUGGCUCGGCGGCGGCGCGUCCGGGACGUCGUGCACAACGACGAACGGCGAGGACAUCGGGCUCACCGCGCGGUGGCGGAAGAAGAUGGAGACGAGGGAGGACCCGGUGUACGGCGACGGGUUUCGCGCGGCCAAGGCGGGGUACGACCGAUGCGGACGCGACCUGGCGAGGUUCCUCGAGCGCGUCAGACGCGACGGAAAGUUGCCGUGA